GAUACUAUUGAAUAUGUCUAUAAGUCGGAGAGAGAGCAAUAAGACCAGCAAGUGGCCUGCUUAUAUAUGUUGAUGUUGCUAUUGCGGAGCAUCUCAACUUUGUGUGCCAACUGCUACCCGCUUCCCGUUUCCGGUUUCUUGAGACAGGACCUGCGUCCGUUGAAGACUUUAUCUAUGCAGAGACUUUCUGCGCGUCCACUGCUGCAUCGACGCCCGGUUCCUGCAGUAAAGCACGCUUCGUCCCAACGUAACGUGACAAAUGACAGCGCAGGCAGCGACGACGAGAAUGACAGCCGUCAAGAAUUCGAGCAGUAUGGAUUUAGAUCAGUUUAGCUUGCAUCAUCCUAGGCGAGCAUAACAGCAACUUGCGCGCGCAGAUCUCAUUUCAGGAACCGAUGCCAACCCCGUGGUAGCCAACUCAGCAACUCCACCCCAACUGCGACUCUGCAUUUCAAGAAAAAAUCAUGAGGUCCCGAUCUGCGGAUCCCCGAAUGACUAUUU